ACUCCACAAUUGCAGCAUCAUAAGAAAAAUUACAUUAACAUGAUGUUUGAUCCACCUGACUAUCCAUACAAAGAGCUAACUGAUCAUCUGAAAGAUAACUAUGAUGCGGAUGAUUUGUUAUUUAACAGUGUAUCCCAUGACGCCGAUAAAAUAGAUAACCUGUCUAUUAGUAACUCUGAAUUAGUCGCAGUUACAGAACAAUUAAUAUCGAAUGUAGAAAAUGACCUAUUGUAUCAGUCCAAUGACUCAGGCAGAUACUUCAAUAUUGAGAAUAUGAAUAAUUUAAAUUUAAACACUCACAACAUCGAAAACAGCAAUGAGCAACUAUGUCUUGUACAAUCUGACAAUAUAUUUUUUUACGAGCCUACUCUACUUGAUGAUAAUACAGUUAAUCAAUUUCUGUUGCCAUUACAAAAUUCAUCAGAUAAGGACAAGGACGCAGAGUCAAAAGGACCGGAUCUAUUAGCUCUACACUCUUGUGUGAUAUGCCACGAGAUAUUUACUUCAGACGCAGAUCACUUGGAUCACACUAUAUCAAUGCAUGCCUCAGUUGAUACUAACGAUAAAAAUAAUGGAAUACUCCUAUCUAACGAUAGCAUUGCGGAUAGUAAAACUGAAGAAGUUAAUAAUAACAAGAUGGACUUUGAAUUUGACUGGCUCGUAUGCUGCUUAUGCGAACGUGUACUUUCUACAGCCUUAGAAGUUGAACCAACUGAGCAGUUGUGCUGUAGAGGCAACAAUGGCAAAGGAAGUGUGGUUUCCCGCAAGUUGCACAAGAUGUUCGUCUGCGACAGCUGCAACGGUCUGUUCGCUGAUGCGGACGCUUUAGACAAGCAUCGCCUACAAUGUUGCCCUAACCAGCAACAAGAUUACAUUGAAGAUGAUAUGGCUCGUUGUAGUUUAGAUGCUUGGACCCCUCAAUGUCCAGAAGUGUGCUUCUCCUGCGAAACUUGCGGCACUCAGUUUUCGUCAACUGAUCAGCUAAAACGUCAUACGCUGGUCUGUCAACGACGAGCGGCCAAUAGAACAACCAGGCGAAGUUAUAUGAACAACACUAACAAUAACAAGAUGUGGAAUUGUGGCUCCUGCAACCAGCUCUUUGUUACUGCCAGGGAACUUUAUAAACACAAGCGCGGCGAGGACCGUCCACCAGGCUCUCCUAUACCUGCCUUCAUCUGCGAAGAAUGUGACAAAGUCCUAGGAAGUAUGUGCGCUUUACACACGCACAAGAAAAUGCACAAAGUGAAGAAACCUGGCUACCCGUGUCGCAUUUGUGGCCGUCGCUUCAACCAGUCUGGCCAUUUAGCAAUUCACAUGCGAAUGCAUACAGGGGAGCGCCCUUAUCCAUGUGAUCUAUGCCCCAAGGCGUUCAAAGUCAAGGUGGAGCGAGACGACCAUCGGCGGACGCACACCGGGGAGCGGCCGUUCGCGUGCGCCGCCUGCCCCAAGACGUUCACUGCGGCAGCACGCUUGCGUGAGCACGCGCGCAUACAUACCGACCAAAGGCCGUAUCGUUGUGAAAUCUGCGGCGCUGCAUUCCGGCGGCCCUACGCCCGCACCGUGCAUACACUCAUACACACGGGAGAAAAGCCGCACGAAUGCGAUAUAUGUGGCACCGCCUUUAGACGUUCUGGAGAUAUGUGGAAGCACAAGAGAACUCUACACGGGGUUCAAGCAAACGCUACCGAUGGUGACUGAAAAAUAACCGAGCAAAAUAACCGAUUUGAAAAUAUCGGAAAAGUGUUCUUACUUUAUUAAACAUAAUUAUUAAAAAAAUAAAAAUAGUGGUGUCUAAACCACUGCUUUUUCCCAGUACUUUUUUUAAUUUUGUUUUAAUACUUCUUUAUGAAGAUUCAGGUAAGUUUUAUUUAUAUAAGUAUUUUGCAAAACAAUUUUGCUUGUUAAAUAAUAAUUUAUCUGUGAUACUUAGACCAUAGCAUUACCUAGAUAAAAUUGUCACUGUUAAAAGUAAUGUAUUUCAUUCUUGUAAGUAAUGGUGGUUCGAUUGCGGAUUGUUUUGUAUUUAUACUGUGCUGAUCUCAAUUAAAUAUAGCUUAUAACAUUGGAUAGCAAUGUAGUUUUAAUUAAAGCACUGCGCUUUAAAAAAAUACCCUAAUAUUUACCAACAUUACCUUUUAUAGUUAUGAUAUGAAGCAAGAG